GAUGUCGAAGAGCUGACAGAUUCGGCCUGUUCGAAGAUCCGAAAAUAUGUCCAGCAGAAGAGAGUCAGGCUCGAUCCUUUCUUCGAGGCCUACGACAGGCUGCGUCAUCGCGCCAUCACUCGCCCUCAGUUCUUGCGAGCGCUGAGCGCGGCGGUGAAGAACCAGGUGUACAUCUCGCCGCAGGAGGAGGAGGCUAUCUUUGCUUCCUUCUCCCGCCCUGAUCAGAUGGUCAACUAUCGCAACUUCUGCGAUCACUGCAUGCAAGUACAGAGAGAUCUCGAGAAACAGCCCUUGAUUCAGCUGGCUGAGGACGAGGCCCCGUCGCGUAUCCGCCAUAAUGAGCUGACGGACAAGGACGAGAUUUAUUUCCACAACACUCUGCUCCCAAAACUUCAGCACAUCGCACGUGAGCAAGUGACGAAAGGCCAAUUCCUCCGAGGAUUGCCAGACAAAUUUCAGGUCGCGUGCUCCAAGAGCGACGUCGAGAUCCUCGUGCAGAAGUACGGCGUGAAAGACAUGUUUGGGACAACAGUCGAUGUCGACUAUCACUCGCUCCAUUUGGAUAUCUCAGGGUCUGACCCUGCGCUGAGCCUGCCGGAUGGGUUGACUCA